AUAACCCACAGUUGCUGGACCAGGCUCCAACUAUACACCAAAAAAAGGGUGUUUGCAAGCGACAAGAUGCUUUCAUGGAGCCCUUUAGCACUACAUUUCAACUUGCAGUUGAAAAUCUCUGCUCUUCUUUUAGGUAUUUCUUCUGCAUUAAAGCUGACAGUUCCAUCACAUACACUCCAUGGCACUGAAGGGCAGCCACUCAAUCUCCCAGUUGACUAUAAUUUCAAUAUUACAGUUUCUGACAUCCAGAUAAUAUGGCUGUUUGAGAAGCCACCAACUAUCCACAUAUUUCUGCUGAGUGCUGUGAAUCAGUCCGUUGUCCCAGACUUAGAAUACAUGCACAGAUUUACACUUUCGCCUCCCAGUGCAUCCUUGCUGAUAAAACAUUUGAACAGAAGUGAUGAAGGCACUUACAUUGUCAAAAUCAAUGUCCAUGGAAAUCGGACAAUAUCAGCAAGUGGAAGGAUUCGAGUUACUGUUGAUGUGCCUGUCACAAAGCCACUCAUAUACACUGAACCCCCUUUUGGAGUUGUGGAGAAAAGGGGGAAUAUCACUUUAAAAUGUGCUGUGGAAAAAGGCACCAGGAUUGUUUACCAGUGGAUGAAAAAUGGAAAUCCUAUUGAAGCCAGCGCUAACUACUCCUUUUCUGUAAACAAAGACACCCUUUCAAUUGCCCCUGUUGUUAAGGAAGCCAUUGGGAAUUACAGCUGCUUAGCAGCAAAUCCUGUCAGUGCCAUGGAGAGUGAUACCAUCAUGCCAACCAUAUACUAUGGACCCUACGGGCUUACUAUAAACACUGACAAAGGCCAGAAGGUAGGGAGAGUAUUUACACUUGAUAAAGGUGAAGCAGUCCGGCUUUACUGUUCAGCAGAUUCCAAUCCACCAAAUAUUUACUCCUGGAUCCGCAAGGCAAAUAAUUCUACACACCCCAUCAAGUAUGGGAGAUCUCUGGAAGUUGCAUCUGAGAAAGUGACACAGAAAACGGAAGAAUACACCUGCAGCGCUUACAAUAACAUGACAGAAAACCAGGCUGAAACCCACAUCAUCGUGAUAAUUAUACCAAAAGGAUUGGAACACUUCAUCCAAAAAGGAAAAUAUUUAUCACCUUUAGCAGUAAUAACUGGAAUUUCCUUAUUUUUGAUAGUAUCAAUCUGCCUUCUAAUAUUAUGGAAAAGAUUUCAGCCUCAUAAAGUUAUACAGCAGAAGCUGCAGAUCAGGCCUGAAGCAGAUUACAGAAAAGCACAAACAAUUUCAGGGCAUGAAAAUGCACUAGAUGAUUUUGGAAUAUAUGAAUUUGUUGCAUUUCCAGACCCGGCAGGAAUUUCACUAGUGUCAAGUCGAUCUGUUUCUGGCUCUGAUGUUAUACAAGGCCAGGAUCGUCCCGGUACUAUUUAUGAAGUUGUUCGACAUAUUCCUGAACAACAUCAAGAACACCAAGAGGGCACCUGAAAAGAAAAUGAAAGCACAGUGAUGAAAUCUAUUUCAGAAAGUAGGCAGGAAAAGCAACAACUGUCAGCAAGGAGGAAAUGGAUCAAGCCGUCAAUUAGAAGGAAAAUGACCUUUUCUUUAACAAGCAAAAAUAUGUCCUUAUUUCUGCAUCUCUAAUAUGUUUGCCUUGAACUUGCUUAUAUAAAUAUCAAUUGACGUAACACAAGUACAAACAGCUGCUAAUUACAGGGUAGACUAAAAAGGCUACAAACCCAGGAAGCAAAGCCAAAGUGUUGAAGGAUUCAGUGUUUUCUUUCUGUAAUCUUGGACUACAGUAUCUAUUCCACAAAAGAAAUCUCGCCUGCUUGUUGUUGUUUAAAAGAUGUGAAUGUGCCUUAAGAUUUUACAUCAGCCUAUGCUGCUAAAAAGAGGAAAUGGGUAUAAAACUGGCAAUCUGAUAAAUGCAUGACUUUUUUGUUAUUAAACAUCUUUUUCUA